GCACACAUCGAACCCAAGGCACAAGACAAAGGGCACCAAAACAGCAUGGGUGGUGGAAUAUCGAAACACGGAGGAGACGAAGCCGCCGUUCGGGCGGCAUCAGCGGUCGGAGACCAGCCAGGGCAACCGCCACAGAGCCAGCCACCACCGCAACCACCUGGAUCGGAACCAGACGCAGGGGACGAACCGCCCGCCUCGAAGUGCCCGAUGCACAAAGCGGACGGCAGCGGGUACAGCUACGACUGGAAGCAGCUCUUCCGGGCCGCGGCCGUCCACGGUCCCGGGGGAUCCAAGCCCCUCUCCGAAAAAGAACGGGCCGAGGCCACGGGAGCGACCGGUGGCGGAAGCGCCUGCCCGGUGGUGCACGAUCCGGCGGCCGCCGGAGGAGGCUGCCCGGUGAGGGCCCCCCAUCCCGAGUACGACGUCUACUCCCAGCCCAUCGACAAGACCAACAACAUGCCCAGGGGGGCGAGCGUCCAGCUCCCGAAUGCCUCCCAGAGAAUCGAGCUGUCCACCGAGCGCGUCUCGAGCACCAUUCCAAAGGGCGGGGCCGACGGGUCCUCGGCGGCCACCUGGACGUAUCCCAGCCCGCAGCAGUUCUACAACGCCCUCGCCCGCAAGGGAAAAUUCGACGCCAACGGGGGCGAGUCCGAGGUGGCCUCCGAGGAGGACAUGGCCAGCGUCGUGGCCCUGCACAACAACAUGAACGAAAAGACCUGGGCCAAGGUCGUCGAGUGGGAGCGCCAGACCUACAGCGAGGCCUCGGCGCCGAAGCUCCUCAGGUUCUGCGGGCGCCCGCACGACCUUAGCCCCAAGGCGGCCCUCAAGCACUACCUCCUGGGCCACCCCCUCCCCUACGACCGGCACGACUGGACCGUCCUCCGGGACGACGGGUCCACGGUCCGGUACGUCAUCGAUUACUACUACGACGAAUCGAGGGCCGGCCUGACGGACGAUUCCGCCAUGCCCGACCUGCACGAUCGGUCCGCUACCCCCAGCCUCCUGGUGGACGUCCGGCCCGCACUGGACGGGCCCGGAAGCCUGCUGGCGCGGGGGGUCCGGAUGCCCUACCGGAUGGCGACGGGCCAGACGGGCUACGAGAUGCUCCCGCUGCGGGGGACCCCGGAGCUGGCGGACCAGGUGAAGGAAUCGGUCGAGGUCUGGAAGUCGAUCCAGCAGACCCGGGCCAGGCAGGAAGACGAAAAGGCCCGGAAAGAAGCCGCGGCGGACGACGACGGCACCGCCGAAGGCUUCGACGUAAGCGAGGACCGGGCCAGGGAGAUCGCGCUCGGGUUUGCCCGGGCCCUGGAGGAUUGCUCGGGCGUGCGGGAAAGGAUGGCGAAUUGUUCCUCGGAAGACGAGUGUUCCAGGGCCAGCAUGGACCUGACCCUGUGCUUCGGAAAACACCUGUGCUCGGUCCAGCACAAGAGCCUUCUCGGUGCGCUGGAGAAGGACGGCGACGAUGCCAAGGCGGAGGCCGCCCUGGAGACCCUGACGCAGUGCGUCAUGCUCAAGUCGGCCGAGCGGAGGUUUGCGAGGGAGCAACACCCCGGCCUGUUCGAAGAGCGGGAAUAAACAGGCCGCUCCGAUCGGCGGCCCACCGCGGGGCUGCCUGCUGCUAGGGUGCCAACAGACUGUAGACUAAUGCG